AAACAUAAAUAUUUGCAGAGGAUUGCUUCAUAAAAAGAUCUGUAUUUAUUUGCAGCAGUAACAAUUUACUGAGAUUCUUUCUUACGUCUCUCUCUUCCUUCUGUCGCCUUCUUCCUUUCUCUCUCUUCCUUCUUCGCUUCACCUCGUCAAAGAAAAGAAGGGAAGCGUGGAAACAAUCUCCGACAUUCUGGGAAGAGACAAACGCAAUCAAACAAUAAUUCGUAUCCCCGUAUUAAAUUCAUUUGUUCUGGAGCUGCUGUUGUUUGUUAUCUUUCUGUGGGGGAGAGAGAAGCAAGAGAGAGAGAGAUGUUGGUCGCAAAUAGCUUCGAUUUAUGGCAAAAAGACACCUUCUUUUCUGCAGCUGAGGAGGUCCAGCAAUCUGCCGAUAUAAUGGAAUCGGCUUAUAGGGUAUGGCUCAAAUCAAGGAAAGAAGGGUUGAUAUCUCAGCAUUUAGAUAAGCUUAAUAGAGAGCUUCAAAUGGCUUUAGGCACUGCAAAAUGGCAGUUGGAAGAGUUUGAAAGAGCUGUUUGUCUAAGCCACAGAAAUAAUGGUGAUGAUAUUACAGUUACCCGACAUAGGGAAUUUGUUUCGGCUAUAGAGGACCAAAUUUCCCGUGUCGAAACAGCACUGAAGGAUUCGCUUGAAGUUGAAGGGAAGAAACCAUUUCGAUGGGUGAAUUUGGAUAAGGAAGAAUCUGAUGACUUAGCUCAUUUUCUUUCCGGAACUCCAGGGACAUCACAGACGAUCAAAAAUGGUCGUAUAAAUGUGGGAGCGCCAGUCACUAGCUCAUUUUGUAAAACUAGUUUAGACGAAGACCACAUUCAUGGUUCUCUUGAGCUACAAGAGAGAGAGGUUCUUGAGACAGAGGAUAAAAUCAGCUAUCGAGCUGAUCAAAGUCCUAGUAAUCUGAGAGCAUGGACUUCGCCAGACAGGCACGCUUUGGAGAUUGUUGUUGAUACAGAUGAUAGAGAAACCGAUGAAUUAGUCGAAGCAACGCCUAAAGAGAAAUGUUCGAAACCUUUGAUUUGGAGAUCAAGGGGUGAAAUAUAUCGUAGAGCUAAAGAAGUGAAAAGCCAAACCCAAGUGAAAUUGAUAAAUUGGAUAAAUAAUCACUUGAGAGGACGCCAUAGAAAUCAGAGGCCACAUGUAUCACCAGUGUUGCCGGUCAAAUCUAUACGCUUCGUACUAGCUUUGAUUCUAACCAUUUUUUUAUUUGUCCCUUUUGUGCUCCACUCAACUUAAGCCGCGUUGAGUUGCUUCGAUUGAGCAAAACAGACGCGCCCCAACCUUUACGUUCAAAGAGUGGUUAUAAAGCUGCUUAUGUGAAGAAUGAAAGUUGAAUGAGCAGGUAUGAAAUGCAGUUUGCAUUCAGGUGAUGGGAUUUGGAAUCUUGUUGGGUUUCAACAUUGCCUACUCAUCCCAGAUUCCUAGUUUCAGACAAGAAUAUGAAGAUUGUAAAGCACAUGGCAUUGGAUGUAACAGAAACGAACUUGGUAGAGUUGUUGUGUUGUUUUUCCAUAGCUGUUUUUUUUCAGCUUGAGUUAGCAUCCUUAAUUGUGCACGUGGUAAUAUAUAUAAACAAUUAUCACGUUUUUAUCA